CUCACAAAGACCUGAGAGGAGGCAGAAUUAUCCCACGUCUCAGGUGGGGAUACUGAGGGCCAGGACAAAGGUCAGGCUGGUUGUCGGCACUGCAGGAAUAGCACAAGAGGAAGGCGUUUAACUGCAGGAUGGGGUUUUAAGUCAGACUGGCGUGACAGUUAGACCUUGGGACAGAUCGUUUAAAGGAGACUGUGUAAUUGGCCCCUCUGGUACACAAGGUCAGGAAAUCCAAGGAGCCAGGGUUCUGGAGGUCUGAGCACCUGAAGGGAGUGCCAGGAGACACAAAGGGAGACCCAAAGCAAAUGUAAGGGGAGAUUGGAAAAGGGAUUGGUGUUGUCCCCAGCAUCCCCUGUGACGCUGUGACCUGAAAAGGCCCCAGAGGAAGCCCACAAAGGCGCCACCCUCCCCUGGCUCCUGAUUUUGGCAGGGCGUUGUUUUCAAUAGUGUUUUCCAAUAACUUUGCACCUCGGCAGAAGCUGAGUGCGGUGACUUCUGCCUGUAAUUGGCACAGGCUGCUUCCGGUUCCGGGGUGUGUGACCGGGCCACUCUCUUUGUGUUUAACCCCUUCCCCCACACAUACCUCAUCCCGCCCCACACACACGAAGAGCGAAUGAUCCGAUCCGGCCGUCCUGGGGGUUGCUGUGUGUAAAAAUACAUGGGGUUGAGCCAUUUCCUGCCGCUUCCGUUCUUGCAUGGCGAUAAGACACUAGGGACCCAGCUGCGGACAGAGAGAUCCUCCUGCCGCCGAGGGGGAGCCGGCCCUGGGAGAGCCGGACUCCAGGCCCGCCCGCGUUCCUCUGACCCUGGGUUUCCCAUCUUUCCUAUCGCCUGUGACCUCUCUUUCCUUUCUCCCCACUGCCCCCAGCCUUUCUCAGCCUCUCUCCUCCUCUGUACCGUCCUGAUGCACUUGGGAAGCCUGCCUGCUGGUGUGGAAAGGGGCUGUCUUCUCCUUCCUGCUCAUUCACCCCCUCUGAGCUGGGCCCUGCUGCCCUCGGGCCCCCGGACCAGUCCCUGGCUCCCUUGGCCCCGGGGAUUGCUUCUGGGACUUGAGUCACCAGGCCCUGGCCCGUGGGGCGGGGGCGGGGGGGGAGGGCUGUGCUUUUCUCCUGCAUCUGGGAGACUGGGCAGGGCCAGGUGCUCCCACCAUCAUGAAGCGGAAGAGGUUGCCGACGACUCGAGAGAGCUGGAAGGUCGACAAGGGGGACCCCGUGGCCCUGAGCCUUCCCGGCGGCCUUGGCCAUGGUGACACGGACGGCCCCAUCAGCCUGGAUGUGCCAGACGGGGCCCCGGACCCCCAGCGGACCAAGGCUGCCAUCGACCACCUGCACCAGAAGAUCCUGAAGAUCACCGAGCAGAUCAAGAUCGAGCAGGAGGCGCGCGACGACAACGUAGCCGAGUACCUGAAGCUGGCCAACAACGCGGACAAGCAGCAGGUGUCGCGCAUCAAGCAGGUGUUCGAGAAGAAGAACCAGAAGUCGGCCCAGACCAUCGCCCAGCUGCACAAGAAGCUGGAGCACUACCGCCGGCGCCUGAAGGAGAUCGAGCAAAAUGGGCCCUCGCGGCAGCCCAAGGACGUGCUGCGGGACAUGCAGCAGGGGCUGAAGGACGUGGGCGCCAACGUGCGCGCGGGCAUCAGUGGCUUCGGGGGUGGCGUGGUGGAGGGCGUCAAGGGCAGCCUCUCGGGCCUCUCGCAGGCCACCCACACCGCCGUGGUGUCCAAGCCCCGGGAGUUUGCCAGCCUGAUCCGCAACAAGUUCGGCAGUGCCGACAACAUUGCCCACUUGAAGGACCCUCUGGAGGACGGGCCCCCCGAGGAGGCGGCCCGGGCGCUGAGCGGCAGUGCCACCCUGGUGUCCAGCCCCAAGUACGGCAGCGAUGACGAGUGCUCCAGUGCCAGCGCCAGCUCGGCCGGGGCGGGCAGCAACUCCGGGGCCGGGCCAGCUGGGGCCCUGGGGAGCCCCAAGCUGAACGCACUGUAUGGGGCCCCCGGGAACCUGGACGCUCUGCUUGAAGAGCUACGGGAGAUCAAGGAGGGCCAGUCUCACCUGGAGGACUCGAUGGAGGACCUGAAGGGGCAGCUGCAGCGGGACUACACGUACAUGACCCAGUGCCUGCAGGAAGAGCGCUACCGGUACGAGCGGCUGGAGGAGCAGCUCAAUGACCUGACCGAGCUUCACCAGAAUGAGAUGACCAACCUGAAGCAGGAGCUAGCCAGCAUGGAGGAGAAGGUGGCCUACCAGUCCUACGAGAGGGCUCGGGACAUCCAGGAGGCCGUGGAGUCCUGCCUGACCCGGGUCACCAAGCUCGAGCUGCAGCAGCAGCAGCAGCAGGUGGUACAGCUGGAGGGCGUGGAGGACGCCAACGCGCGGGCCCUGCUGGGCAAGUUCAUCAACGUGAUCCUGGCGCUCAUGGCCGUGCUGCUGGUGUUCGUGUCCACCAUCGCCAACUUCAUCACGCCCCUCAUGAAGACGCGCCUGCGCAUCACCAGCACCGCCCUCCUGGUCCUCGUCCUCUUCCUCGUCUGGAAGCACUGGGACUCCCUCACCUACCUCCUGGAGCACGUGCUGCUGCCCAGCUGAGCAGCCGGCCCGCCCCCGCCCCGUGCUCUCCCCGGCCCCCAGACGGCUAGGCUUCUCUGGGAGGGACCCUGGGAUUCCCGAGGCCCUUGAACGUCUUCGUGUGUCUGGUUUGGCCUCUUGCCCAAACUGUCCAUUCCAGCAGCUCCUGCCCCCUUCUCUGUUCUCGCUUCUGUCUGACGCCUUCUCCCUGUUGGCCUGAGCGGAGCUUCGAGCACCGCCCCAACCGGAGGCAGUGGGGACAUCUGUGGCCAAAUGGAGCAGAGGAGGACACCAGGAUGGACUCUUCUGAUUAUUAGUCACACAAGGACUUCUCCCAGCUGACUCAGGAGGCAAGUCAGGAGGGCCAAUAGGAAUAGGAGCAGGAGAGGUCCCAGGUCCCAGGUCCCAACCCUUCUCCCUUCUGGGGAAAAGCCCAACCUGGAGGCUCGAUGGUUCCCUCCUGCGGAGAUGGCCUGGGUAAAGUCAGAAGGCAAGGGUGGGUGGGGGGUUUCUGCUGGCCUCAGAGAAUGCCAAGGAGAGAGGGUAGGGCACCCCCCCCAGCCUCUGGGCACCUGCUGGGCCAGAGGGUAGGCGCCGUCCACCCCUCCUUCCAGAGCUGGUUUGAGGCUCACUUCUGGGCCUUUCCCAGGAUAUGAAGGAUGCAGGCUCUGGAGGCCAGGUGGGGUGUGACUUUGGACUUGUGUUUUCCCUGUGAUUCUUUCUGCCUGUCACUGGAUCUGCUCUUUUCAGGGAAACAGGCCCCAGGGGCCCCAAGCCUCAGCCUAAGCCCUUAGGCCUCUGGGAGCACGUUGGGUUCUAUUUAUUUAUUUAUUUAUUUGUUCCUUCGUACCUUACCCCCACUGAGCUCCGCGGAGAGGGCCUGCCCCCGUCCUCUCCCAGAAGCCAGGGCUUGUUCUCGGCUGUCCGGCACUUCCAUACCAUUUCGCCUCUGGAUCAUCCUGGCUGGGGGAAAGGGGGCAGAGCCACCCAGCCCCACUCUCCCGAAGUAGCCCCUCAGCCAGGAUGGGAGGAGCGUGGCCUCUCUUUUAUACAUCUGUUUAUUUUGUAUGUGUGUAUUUGCGUGGAGGAAGUUGUUUGUUGCUUUAUUUUUUUAAGGCUCUGGAGUGUCGUGUAUGAUUUCUCUUCACAUCCCAGCCUUCUCACGGGCACUUCCAAGAAGAGAGGGCAUUUCUCGAAAAGCGAAAGAGAAAUCCCCUGGAGCGGUGAAGGGUAGUGCCCGUCAGCAGUGGUGGACCUUCCUGAAAAAUAAAUAUCCUCUAAAUUUUCAAAGCA